GCUUGGUGUCUCGGUCCCAUUCAUUCGUCACAUUUUCCACUCCAAAACACGAGAGGUCUUUUUUCCCCCACCACUUGAUUCAAAACUUAAACUCACAAAGGAAAAUGGCAGAUACCGACGUUGAUACCACCACCGCCGAGGUCCCCGUCACCAAGGAUCUUAAAGAAAAAAAAGAAGUGGUAGAGGAACCAGAGAAGGCAGAGAAUGGAAAGGAAGACGCACCAUCUAAUGGCAAAGAAGAGAAUGGUACUGACCAUGGUGCAAAGAAUCAGGAUGCAGAGGAAGAGGAUGAAGAAGGUGAUGUAGAAGGUGAGGGCGAAGGAGAGGAUGAAGAGGAGGAGGAAGAAGGAGAGGGAGAUGAAAAUGAGACAGAUGGCCUUUCAGUAAAACGUCCUGCAGAAGAGGAGGAGGAAACUGAAACUAAAAAACAGAAGACAGAAAACGGAGACUCCACAGAAGUAAAAGAAUCUGCCUAAUUCUCCUUCCAUACAUUUUUAUAGCUUAAGUGACAUGGUUGACUUUAAAUUGUAGAGAAUGUGCUUUAUAUCUGUACAUUUUACAAAAUGACUUUUUUAUAUACUGUAAACUUACAUGCACUAGAAACCUGUAACAUCACAGCAAGAUAGCAAAAGGUUUUUUGUAAAAUGUUAUUUAUUGGUGCUUGUUUGUACUGGUUAACUGCUUCAAUAAAAAACAAUUUUUUUUUU